UGGUCCCCUCUUUAUCUCUCUUCUUAGCCCAUAUCUCUAUCAAUCUUAUAAACUCUCUCUCUCUCCCUCUCUUUCUCUCCUCUUUUUAGUUCUUGAGAGAUUGUUCCUAAUUAUAAUUUCUUUCUUUCUUGGAGAGAGCUUCUUGCUCCGUAAACAGUAGAGAGAGAAAUAUUCAUUUGAGAAAAGAUCAGAUAAAACCGUGCUAAUCAGUGAAGUUAGGUACAAAAAACCCACUUUCUACUUUUGUAUAAUUAGGUCAAUCUCAUCCACCACCAUACUCUUCUCUCCACCAAUUCUCCUCCCUUUUCUCAAUUCCAAAACUAGGGUUUCAUCUCCUCUUUCUCGUGUACCCCAAAACAAGAAAGAUGAAUCAAGAAAAUCUUUAGAGAUCUGAGUUUGGUUCCCCCAAAACAAGAAGAUGAAUCAGGAAAACAAGAAGCCUGUGGAAGAAUCUUCUUCAAUGGAGAGAGAACACAUGUUUGACAAAGUAGUAACACCAAGCGACGUAGGGAAACUAAACCGACUCGUGAUCCCAAAGCAACACGCAGAGAGAUACUUCCCUUUAGACAACUCCUCAACAAACAACAAAGGGUUGCUUCUAGACUUCGAAGACCGAACAGGAAACUCAUGGAGAUUCCGUUACUCUUACUGGAACAGUAGCCAAAGUUAUGUCAUGACAAAAGGCUGGAGCCGUUUCGUCAAAGACAAGAAGCUUGAUGCUGGUGACAUCGUGUCUUUUCAGAGAGAUCCUUGUAAUAAAGACAAGCUUUUCAUCGACUGGAGGAGGCGACCAAAGAUUCCAGAUCAUCAUCAUCAUCAGUUCGCCGGAGCUAUGUUCCCUAGGUUUUACUCUUUCCCUCAUCCUCAGAUGCCGACAAGUUAUGAAAGCAGUCACAACCUUUAUCACCGGUUUCAACGAGAUCUUGGAGUUGGGUAUUAUCCAACGGCUGUGAUUGAAUCUGUUCCGGUGAUAAUGCAAAGGAGAGAAGUACAAGUGGCUAAUAUGGCUUCAUUAAGAGGAGAGAAGAGGUUAAGGCUGUUUGGAGUGGACAUGGAGUGCGGAGGAGGCGGAGGAAGUGUGAAUAGCACGGAGGAAGAGUCGUCUUCUUCCGGUGGUAGUGUGUCACGUGGCGGCGUUUCAAUGUCUGGUGUUGGUUCUCUCCUCCAGUUGAGGUUAGUGAGCAGUGAUGAUGAGUCUUUAGUAGCGAUGGAAGCUGCUAGUGUCGAUGAGGAUCAUCACUUGUUUACAAAGAAAGGAAAGUCUUCUUUGUCUUUCGAUUUGGAUAUAUGAUGAUAUAUGAUUAAUUAUGAGAUUAUCACUUUAAUACACAUUAUUUAUGAUAGUUAUACAUAUUAUAUAUGUGACACAAGGAUGUCGUUCAAGAUUUUAUGAUAAUGAUAUAGCAUGUUUUUUAAAGAUUCGAGUUUAGUGUUGA